AGUGUUCUGUCAUUUUACCAUCUUUGCUCUGGAUUCUGACUGAGGCCCGCUGGCAACAUGGCCACGAUACCCUCGCGUGAUGCGACAGAAGCAGAAGCAGCAGCAGCUGCUGCUGCUGGUGCUGUUGCUGGGAUCCAAUCUCAAGACGAAGACGCACAGCCCGUUGGGCUCGGUAUUUCGGAUGUAGAUACGACGAAACCUCGAGUCAUCAGCUUGGACGAGGAAUCCGAUCAGGAGCGAAGAGGACAGGGUGGAGUUGUCAGUGCAGAGAAUGGAAGGGUACCGGCCGACCCCCCUGUGGGCUCAACCGAACAGUCUCCCUCGCUUGACAGAACUCCGUCUGCUCCUCCCCCACCACCACCACCAAAGACCAUGACAUCCCCUUCGUCUUCGUCCUCUAUCAAACCUCUUCCUCCCAUGUCUCGAUCGAUCUCCACUGCUCGUCAGGAAGAUGAUACAGAAUCCCUUCAGGAAGUCUCGCUGAGUCGAAAGGGAACACCUUCCAGAGUUCCUCCUGUACCACGAGCACCAUCCAUCACUUCGCUUCCGUCUCCUUCCCCCUCCGGUCUGGUCUCACCGACCUCUCGGCCCACUUCGACCCGCCCUCAAUCGAGGAAUACCAGUGGUCAAGGCGUCGGUGGUGGUGGUGCUGGUGGUGGGAGUCACUCGAGACGAUCGUCCACAGCGACGACCUUGUCACUCAGUGGAUAUCCCAACGGCGGCGGCGGAUCUCACAGAUCUCACGGACCAGGUCAUCAAUUAUCCACAGUGCUCAUCACGCCCCCCUUGCAAGUCCUGGUCCAAUCGAAAGAAGCGAAGAAGUCAGCCUCCUUCAUGGCUGCUGCUCAGAAAGCGUUGGAUCUGUGUCAAGCUGGCGGAGAGGGAUCAAACACAGCUUACCUUCAUCCACGAGAGAUUUUCGAACCUCUCAGGUUGGCCAUUUCAAAUCCUCAAACGACCUCUGUACCCAUCCUCAUCACCUCGCUCGACCUGUUGGCCAAACUCGUCUCUCAUUCCUUUUUCUCUGAACCCAACGGUCCACCACCCGGUCAAUCUCCCUUGCCAGACCUCAUCACACACACUAUCACGCUCUCCUGGACGGAGACCUCGCCACCUCAGGUGGCUCUUCAAGUCGUGAAAGCAUUGAUGGCCAUCGUCUUAUCCACAGAUAGAGGAAUGCUCGUCCAUCAAUCAUCACUGCUCAAAGCCAUUCGGUCAGUCUACAACGUCUUUUUGCUCUCCAACGACACGGCAAACCAGGUGGUCGCUCAGGGUGGACUGACUCAAAUGGUCCAUCAUGUGUUCGGACGGGUCAUUCGACCAGAUUCAAAGGCUCAGCCGGGGACAAACGGAUCAAGAAGUGCGAUGGGCGAAAACGAGGCGAGACGAGAGGCCGACAGCAGAUCGGGAACCCCAGCACCUCAGACUCCAGGUCUUGAAACGGCUCCUCAGCGAAUGACUUUAGACUCGUUUGACCAGCCCAAUCCCAACGACUCAAUCCCCACUGCGCCAGCACACAUCGCCGCUGGCGAAGAAGAAGAGAUCGACGGGUCCGCUUCGACGCCUCGAAUACCCACCCAGACGAUCUCGAUACCCGUACCGAAUGGAGAUGCUCUCGAGACAAGCGAUGUUCUUCCUACCGGCAUUCGCGAGACGGCAGCAGAUGAAGGAGAAGGUAACCUCGAUGCGAUGGGACGGCCUAUCCCGACCGACGAGUUGUUCGUCAAGGACGCCUUCCUUGUCUUUAGGGCGUUGUGCAAGUUGAGCAUGAAGCCGUUGGUCACUGAAAGCGAACGCGAUCUGCGCUCUCAUGCGAUGCGAUCCAAGCUGCUCUCACUUCACCUCAUUCUGACCAUUCUCAAGUCCCACGCCGACCUCUUCACCAAUCCCAUGAUUUGCAUUCCCUCCAACUCGUCUUUGGAGAUGACUCCAUUCCUCCAAGCGACAAAGCAGUACCUCUGUCUGAGUCUGUCAAGGAAUGCCGUGUCCCCCGUGACGCAGGUUUUUGAACUCAGCGUGGAGAUAUUCUGGUGCAUGCUCAAAUCAAUGAGAGCGCAGAUGAAGAAAGAAAUCGAGGUCCUGCUCAAUGAGAUCUUCAUCCCCAUUCUCGAGAUGAAACACUCCACGAUUCGUCAAAAGAGUCUGAUCGUCAGCGUCUUUAUUCGACUGUGUCAGGAUCCUCAAGCUCUCGUGGAGAUUUACAUCAAUUACGACUGCGAUCGAGCCGCGUUGGAUAACAUUUACGAGCGACUCAUGAAUAUCGUCUCCAAAAUCGGACAGACGCAUUUUGCACCGCCCUCCAAGGAGGAGCAGAACCAGUCUGGCACGUCGAAACAAGCGAGCGGAUCCAGUGGUGGACCUGCCAUUCCGCCUUCCUUAUCCACUACCGCUUUGUCCGGGAAAGACGGUGUCGAUGCGCCCCAUUAUGCUGGAUUACCACCCGAGAUCAAACUCCGCCGACAAUCGCUCGAAUGUCUCGUUGCCGCGUUGAGAUCGCUCGUCGCUUGGUCCACCAUGUCACCAACUCGAGCAACGGAUGAUCAUCAACCCGGGCAUCUACCCCGACUCAGUGAGGAUGGACUUGGACGACAUCACUCGUCCUCUUCGACAGCUGGAUCGACCUCUCAUCUGGACCACAUGCCGACGCCUAUACCCUCUUGGCCAGCCGAUCCUCAUGCACGAAGUCCCGCCGGUGGGACCUCAGCGAACGGAGUGGCGACGCCUGAUAUAGGAGAUGACGAUGUGGAGCGAUUUGAGAGCGCAAAACAGCGCAAGACGACGCUUCAAGAGGGUAUGAAGAAAUUUAAUUUCAAACCCAAGCGAGGGAUAGAGUACCUCGUGGAACAUGGUUUCAUCGCUAGCAAAUCCCCUCAAGAUGUCGCUCGAUUCUUGAUGGGCAACGAAGGUCUGAGCAAAGCCAUGAUCGGGGAAUACCUCGGCGAAGGUGACGAGGAGAACGUCGCUACAAUGCACGCCUUUGUCGAUAUGCUUGACUUUUCUGACAUGAACUUCACCGACGCCGUUCGAAUGUAUCUUCAAUCGUUCCGACUGCCCGGUGAAUCCCAAAAAAUCGAUCGAUUCAUGCUCAAGUUCGCGGAACGUUACAUGGGCGGGAACCCCAACACUGUCUUUGCCAAUGCCGAUACGGCUUACAUCCUCGCCUUCAGUAUCAUCAUGCUCAAUACGGAUGCCCACAACAAGAAUUACAAGGCAAAGAGAAUGACCAAGGAGGAGUUUAUCCGGAACAAUCGAGGUAUAAACGAUGGCAACAAUUUACCCGAGGAAUUCCUCACCGAUAUCUACGACGAGAUCCAAUCCAACGAGAUCAAGAUGAAGGAUGAGAUGCCGGAACCUGCUCCAGUCGCCGCUUCGGGCGUUGUCGGAGGUUCUUUCACGGCUAUCGGACGAGACCUACAACGCGAAGCCUAUGUCGCUCAGUCGGAAAACAUGUCCAGCAAGACGGAAGCUUUGCUCAAAGCCAUGGUCAAACAACAGAAACGAGGUGUCGUUAGACCUACCGAUCAAUUCUUCUCCGCUUCAAGAUUGGAACAUGUGAGAUUCAUGUUUGAGGUGGCUUGGAUGCCGUUCCUUGCCGGUAUUUCGGCUCAGUUGCAGGAGACAGACGACAUGGACGUGGUCAAUCUCUGUCUGUCAGGGUUACGCUCCGCCAUCCGAAUCGUCUGUCUCUUCGACAUGGAUCUCGAGCGGAACGCCUUUGUCACCACGUUGGCCAAGUUCACAUUCCUCAACAACGUGGCCGAGAUGAAGCCCAAAAACGUGGAAGCUAUCAAGAGUCUCUUAGAGAUUGCGGUCUCCGAUGGGAACAACCUCAAGGCGAGCUGGAAAGAAGUUUUGACUUGUGUCAGUCAGUUGGAGCGAAUGCAAUUGAUCAGCAGUGGCAUGGAUGUUCCGGAUCUGAAUCGCAGAGAACCGAAUGGGAAGAAAUCUUCCAAGCGCAGGGCGCCGGCAGAGGAAGUCGCGGAGGAAUCGAGAUCUCGCGAGGUCACUGUCGCUGCGGACAAGGUCUUUUCAAUGUCCAACAAUCUCUCCGGGUCUGCCAUUGUCGAUUUCGUCUCUGCCCUGAGUCAAGUCUCGUGGGAGGAGAUUCAGUCUUCUGGAUCCUCCGAUCACCCACGCAUGUUCUCUCUCCAAAAGCUCGUCGAAAUCUCCUACUACAAUAUGGGGCGAAUCCGAUUAGAGUGGUCUAAUAUCUGGCUGAUCCUCGGUGAACACUUCAACCAAGUAUGCUGUCACAACAAUCCCAACAUUUCCUUCUUUGCCCUCGACGCUCUCCGACAACUGGCCAUGAACUUUUUGGAAAAGGAAGAACUGUCCCAUUUCCGAUUCCAAAAGGACUUUCUGCGACCAUUCGAAUAUACCAUCGCAAACAACAAGAACUCGGAUGCUCGAGAAAUGGUCUUGCAAUGCUUGCAACAGAUGCUUCAAGCGCGAGUUCAAAAUCUUCGAUCAGGUUGGCGAACCAUGUUUGGUGUCUUUUCAGCAGCUUCCAAAGUCGUCACGGAAAGAGUCUGCACACAUGCGUUUGAACUCGUCACGUUGGUCUACAAGCAACAUUUCUCCCUCGUCGUAAAGUAUGGCUCAUUUGCCGAUCUCACGACUUGCAUCACGGAUUUCUGCAAGGUGUCCAAGUUUCAAAAGAUUUCAUUACAGGCCAUUGAAAUGGUUCGUGGACUAGUCGGCAAAAUGUUGGAAUGUCCCGAAUGUUUACUACCUUCUGCGUCGGAGGAGACGGACGACGCUGUCGCAGCGGCCAAUAUGGGCAAAGGAAAGGGCAGGAUGAACGGAGGAGAAGAUCCUCUGUUGAAGUACUGGCUGCCUGUUUUGCACUCUUUCCAUGAGAUCAUCAUGACCGGAGAGGAUCUCGAAGUCAGGAGAUUGGCGCUCGACUGCCUCUUUGAUACGCUCAAAACACAUGGUUCAGGCUUCACACCUGCAUUUUGGAAUACCGUCACUUCUCAAAUUCUUUUCCCAAUCUUUGCUGUCCUCCGCGUACCUACCAUGGCAGAUCAAGACCCGAGAUUCAGAUUCAAAUCUCAAGAAGAUAUGUCGGUUUGGUUGUCAACGACGCUCGUGACUGCGCUCAGAGAUCUCAUUGACCUGUACACGUUCUACUUUGGCGUACUUCAAGAGUGGCUCGAUGGUCUAUUGGACAUUCUCGUUGCCUGCAUCUGUCAGGAGAACGAUACGCUUGCGCGUAUCGGUACAUCGUGCUUUCAACAACUGCUCGAAUCCAAUGUGCGGAAAUUGUCCCCUCAGAAAUGGGAGAGCAUCGUCUCUGCUUUCGUCGAGCUGUUCAAGACAACGACUGCUGGUCAGCUGUUUGAUCCUGCUUUACAUGCGGAAGUGGAACCCGCGGGCGAGAUAGAAGAGGGCGAUGCUCCAUUCCAGAAAUUCGUCGCCCCUGCGCCGCUUGAAUCCGCCGCUGCAUCUCGUCACGCUCUACCAUCCUCCCUCACAUAUACCGAUCAGAGACGAUUAUUCAAACAGAUCAUUGUCAAAUGCGUCUUGCAGCUCUUGCUCAUCGAGACGACACACGAGUUGUUACAGAAUGACGAUGUCUAUACGACGAUCCCGGCGGAACAUUUGUUGAGGUUUAUGGGUGUUUUGGACGACAGUUGGAGAUUUGCCAGGCGAUUCAACGCCGACAGAGAUCUCAGGAUGAAAUUAUGGAAAGUUGGAUUCAUGAAGCAAUUACCCAACUUGCUCAAGCAAGAAUCUAGCUCGGCCGCGACACUCAUCAAUGUUCUGUUGAGGAUGUAUCGGGAUCCAAGGGAAGCUCACCGAAAUUCGAGAACAGACGUCUUGGAGAGAUUAGUCCCACUCGGUACCGAGAUUAUCAAAGAUUUCAUUGGUUUAGAUCCCGAGACUCAACCUCGGAAUGUCAGUGCUUGGACGCCUGUAGUGACAGAUAUCAUCUUGGGUAGUGUGGACUUUGAGACGGAAGCGUUCAAAACCCAUGUUCCUUCGUUCUAUCCUCUCAUUGUGGACAUUCUUUCACGUGAUCGAGCGCCCGAAAUGCGCUUAGCGGUUCGAGAUUAUCUCGCGAGAUUGGGUGAGAUCUACGCAUUCGGGAGAACAAGUGGGCAUCAGGUGUCUACCUCGGCAUCGGUGAUCACCCACACCACGACGACCGCGUCGACGACGGGCAGUGGCUCCAUAGCAGCAUGAUCGUCGGCGGCAUACGUGGAAGGUGCAAGAGAGGUGUGUGUAAGGAGCCUCGGCAUUGGUGGUUUCUUGAGCAUCCACCCAUUUUUAUUAUCAUAGAAUUUCCACGAUGAUCGUCAUCCCAAAGGAAAAAAAAAGACUCUGUAUUAGCAUAUUAUGAUAUCGGCAUUUGAUGAGACUAGGGAUGGAUGAUGAUCUGCAC